GGAAGUUGGAAAUCACCUGCCAGGAAACAGAGGCUGUUUACGUCUGAAUUAGCCGGGGUGCUAACGUUGGCAGAUAUUAGUAGUGUAUACUCCUAACUGCGAAGUAUUUUCAAUUAAAAGUCUGUUUUUUGAAAACUGAAAAUCGGAGGUACACUGAUAAUGAAGACUCUCUUUGUUCUCGAAGCUAUAUUUUUGGCGUGUUUUGUGCUGUUAAGCCAAGUGACAGCAAAGAAUUCUGAAGACAUCCGCUGUAAAUGCAUCUGCCCACCAUACAGAGAUAUCGAAGGGCAAAUCUAUAAGCAAAAUGUUUCACUCAAAGACUGUAACUGUCUACAUGUAGUGGAACCUAUGCCUGUGGAUGGAAAGGAUGUGGAGGCUUACUGUUUACGUUGUGAGUGUAAAUAUGAGGAGCGGAGCUCAGGAACCAUCAAGUUCACCAUCAUCAUGUACCUCUCCAUUCUGGGACUGCUGCUGUUCUACAUGGUCUACCUGACUCUCCUGGAACCAAUGUUAAAGAGACGUCUCUUUGGACACUCACAGCUUAUCCAAAGUGAAGAUGAAGUUGGAGACCAGCAGCCUUUUGCUAAUGCUCACAACGUGUUGUCACGUUCUCACUCUCGACCAAAUGUGCUGAACAAAGUAGAGCAUGCCCAACAGCGCUGGAGGAGGCAGGUCCAGGAACAGCGGAAAUCUGUGUUUGACCGCCACGUUGUUCUCAGUUAAAUUGCCCUGUGAUCAAGACUAAUGAUGAAUGGGAGAGGGGAAAACACUGUGACAGAGCUCUAAAUUUGUAUCAUCCCUCCCCCCCACCCCACCCCCAUUAGUUGUGGUUUGUAACUCAUCAAGUGUGAUUCCUUGGUGAACAUGAUGAAAUAAGUCCCUGGCAGAUGUAAUGUCAGAGCAAGAAGCUUUUAAAUCUGCAGGCAGCACAAUAGAUUACAGUCAAUUCAUUUUCUUUCCUAUUUUUCUUUUACACAGUCUUGGAUGAAGAGUGGUUUGCCAAAUGCAAAAUUAACUCUCUUUCCUGUAGUCUAAUUUGCAGAUGUGCCAAGCCACCUGAGAAUUGCAGUGAUAGAUUCCGUGGCCAGGACUAAUACAUUUGAGAGGAAAAAGCUAAACUUUCCUAGAUUUUUUUUAUAACAUCCUUAAACUCUUUCUUGCUGCUCUCAGAAGGAGGUAAAUUGGUCCAAAGCUGACUUUCAAUUUUACAAGCCAAACUGGCGUGGAGAGAAGAACAUCCAGAUGUUGGUGGGUGCCACAUAUCAUGACUGGAUAAGUGCUCUCCUGGCUGCAGCAGCAAUGACUUGUUAGCAUGUUGCUGGUGGGUAUUUUCCAGACAACAUGAAAGCUAAUAUAAUGAGGAAUUUCUUCUCUCACCACAGGAGAAAAGAAACAAGUUUGAAGAUAUAAAUCAUCCAGCGUUCUCUGUAAAUGCAUGUUUUAUAAUAAAUCUUUUAUAAAUGUGUUUUCAAUUCUUUAUACCUCCCAUAAUAUUUAAUGUCUCACAAAGUGGUAAGAAUCCCAUCAGUUAAGGCAUUACUUUAAAUCUAAUUGUAUGAAUUAGUUUUUCUGAACCUUGCAGAAACCAAUACCUUUUUGUCAGUGAUGUCAGUGUUAGUGUCUGUGACGUUGAUCCUUAUUGAAGGUCCUACUGAAGCCAGUGUCCUAUUUAUAUGUAAACCCUUUGUUACUUCUUUAUGCUUAAUCCAACACCUACACUGUUGUGGUGCAUUCGUGUUUGUCUGAGCUCAAAGAAGUUAUUUUGUGAGUAGCUGGUGUUGGUACAUGAGCAGGGUGAAUGAAGGAAAUGUUCUUAAUUGCUGUACUAAAAAUGUGACAACUUUGAAAUAAACAUAUAUAAUGUUUGUGAUUUA